AUGGCAGUCCCACACCCGCCCAGGCCCAUGUCCCCCUCCCCACCACCACCACCACAAAACAACUCCACCACCACGACGCAACCCACCAAACGUGACCUCCGCCGCACGCGCAUCGCCGACCGCCUACAGAACAUGAUCGACACCUUCUCCACCCACCAACAUGCCCACUACCGUGCCCAACUGCAAGCCGUGCAGGUCGACAUGACCCUCGUCCUGCGCGCCGACCCUUACGACGCUCAGCCACUGAUGGAUAGUGGGGAGGAUGUGGGCGCAUUGGUGGAAGGGAUGUUGAGUGCGGCGAGUAUGGGGGAUGAGGGUGCGCAGAGGGAUUACCUGGCCUUGGCUGGGAAACGGUAUGGCGAGUUUGCCGCUGAGGUCAACGAUGAGUUGGAGAAGCGGGAUGCGGAUUUGACUGCUUUGCAUAACUCCUACCACUCCUCCAUAGCCGCCCUCGACCGUCUCACCCAGCAGAAGCUCCACCAAGCAGAAGAAGAGCACAAAGCCCUCUCCUCCACCAUCCGCAAUCGCCUGCACACCACAAUCACCAAGAAACGCCAGGUCCUGCUGCGCGACAAAGACCAACUCGAUAUCGGCGACGCCAAUGCCCUCCUCCUUCACCCAAACCAAUUCAGUAUCAACAACCCCUCCUCACCAGGUGGUAUUGCAGGUCAGAAUUGGAAGACGAGACAUCUGAGGCAUAGGGCCGCGAGUCCUGGUGCAGGUGAUCUAGGCGAGAAUGGUAAGAGGAAGAGAAAGCUAGCUGUUUUGGAAGGAGAGGAUGCAGGGAAUGAGUCUUCAGCUCCUGCCCAUCCUGUCUUUCGUGCUCCUCUACCAGACUCCUUGGGAGGAGGCAGGAGUCCAUUUAAGGAUGCGAGAAAGGAGAAUGGGUAUACGCAAUUCGAAGCUCCAGCAUACAGUCUUGAGAGGAUCUUCACGGAUAAAGAGUUGGCUCUUGCGAGUGCUACAGCGCAGCAGGCUACAUAUCGCCACUUCAAUCAGCCACAGCUCGGCACCACAGCACAACCCACACAAGCUGAUGGUGCCGCGGCGAGCACCACCGCGGACACGAGCGUGGACGGCGAGAUAUUGCCCGAUCCUGGGCUGGACGGAGACGAAACAACAGGCGGCAUCCGAGCCACAACAGAAGCUGGCGGAGGUGCAACAGGCACCCCUCCCCCCGCCUCAGCACCAGAGAUGGACCGCACAGCUUCGCAACAAACACAUCAACACCAAGUCCUCACCCGCGGCACCCUGCGCGCAAACCCUCUAGCAGCACUCUCCGACCUCGCCAACGUGGCCGCAGCAGCCGCCUCUUCGUCCUCAGCAUCAGGACUCAAUCUACUAGGCCUAGCCGCGCAACGCGAGAACCCCUUCGCGCCCGUCCUACCAGCCUACACCGCUAUAGCGCGAAGCGAGAAAUCUGGCGCUCCCGCCCCGGCUGGAGUGGGAAUUGUGGAUGUAGAAGGCGAUCUAGAGAUGAUCCGGCGAGCUGGCGCGGCUUCGACAUCUUCCACCUCCGCCUCGCAACAAGAUGGUGCAUUGCUGGACGCGGGUCUGGAUCAGAAUACCACAGCGGCAGCAGCAGCAGCAGCAGAAGACUCAGCCCGUACCCUCCGUACCCAACUCCUGGACCAAGCCCUCGGGACCCCUUCUACAGGGCUUCCGCCUUUCAGACCCGCGCUCAGUGAUCUUGGGCCGGCGACUGUAGGGCCCCGGGUUGAGAGGCCGGCGGCUUGGGGGUUCGCGCAGUUGCAGGGUAUCACUUCUGGUGAUCAGCUCAAUGGUAGUGGGAAUGGGAAUGGGAAAGGGAGAGUGGAGGGGGCACUGACGGGUUUUGGGGGACAGUUGCCGAGGAGUUUGGGGGGGAGUGUGGUGGGGGGGAGUUUGGCUGCUGUUUUGGGCGCGGGUGGGGUUGGAGGUGGGGGAGGGGAGGGCAUGUCGAGGGUUAGCAGUGCGCAGGGGAGUGAGCUUGGUGGUGAAGUAUCUGUGCCUGGUUCUGGGUCGGGGAGGAGGAGGAGACGAGGUGGUGGUGCGGCUAUGAUGUGA